CUUCCCAACGAGGGCGAUCGCGAGCCGCCCGAUCUGACCGGAAUCUUGCCGGCCUCUCGAUGGGCACCACCGUGUAUACCAUUGGAUCUUUCGCUCGCUGAAUAUGAAGUACUUGUCAUUAAAGCCGAAGCUUUACUUCGGAACCAUAUAGUUGCAAAUAAUUAUGACUCUGUAAAUAAUAUUCUAACUUUCUACGACACAUAUAAAAAAGCCAGGAAACCCCUGGUUAACGUUUUCAGGGAGUAUACUCCGCAGAUUGUUGACAAGAAAUAUACCUGCGUUGGGUUAAGUCUUCAAUUGAUCGAAAAAUGGAGUGAACUAGAUGCGGAAUACUUCGGGUUCAACGAAGCAGCGGGUCUUUUGUCAUGCGAGGAAGCAGUAUCAGAUGUCGAUAGUUAUGUGCUAAUAGACGAAGGCCCAGAAACCGUUUUAACUUCGGAAAAAGAGCAUGUGAUGGUCGGGGUUAGGAUCUCUAUCGAUGGAAGGCUUGGAAUAAUGAUAGCUGACCCAGGCUACCACGUUGGUAGGAUUGUCACAGUUAUGACCGAUAGACUAUAUCCCCAUACAGGGUGGUUCACUCAGGUCCCAGAGCCAGAUAACAAAAAGGAAUAUGUAUAUUUCUAUAAUAUAGAUAACAUCAACUAUAUUGAAUGGCAUGAGAAGCAGACAAAAGGGGAGAAAAUCAAGAAAAUAACAUCUUUAAUAUAUGCAGCUCAGCCCUACCUCUCAGCAAUAAAUGUUACUGAGAGAAGGAACUUGGUUUAUAACUUUAGGAGCAUGAUUAGCCGUGACCUGAAGGGUAGAUUAGCAGCCGGCAUAUAUUUUCCAGUGAAUAAACCUGGACUAGAUACUAAAUUUACGAUGUUUUUCCAUCAUGAAGGAAAACAUCGUAAAGCAAAGUAUAAGUUCAGUAGCAUCCUGGAUCAUAAGAACAACCAAGAAUUGCUUGACGAAGUUAACAUUUGCAAUGUUAGUAUGAACAACGAGGAUGGUUAUCUGCAACGAGCAUUAACUAGAAUUGCAAGAAUGCUCUGUGACUCAUCGUUUGUGAGACAAAUGUUAGAGAUCAAUGACGCUAUCACAAAUUAGAAUAUGCGACAAUCAGAUAAUAUUGACGAAAUUUAAAGUUGCGACGACGAGAUUCUUGAUUCAGCCUGAGCAUUUAUUUCAUAAUACAUUUAAAUUACUGCUAAUUGUGUAGAAAGUAUUUCAACUUUACGACGAACUAUAGUGUUUUUAACAUGUGUAGUUGUGGGGAAAUUUAUAGAAUAUACAGGGAGACUGUCUUAGGAAUCAGCUGAUCAUUUUAAAAUUGGAAUUUUGUAAAUUUUUUUGGAGAUUUUUAAGUCAAGCGUGAGUUGCCACAUAAAAUUUGUAAUUUCGAGAUUUUAUUCAUCAUACCAGUCGACUCUGAAGAAAUUGAGUCGAUUGCCAUUCUAAAAAUAAUUGUCAACAAAGAACUCCUCAUGGUUCCCCUGUAUAUCCUAGGAUUAUGAAAAAAACACUCUGUAUAUUCAUUGUGCCGAUGAUGAAUAAAUAUUAUUGUCUGAAGUUGGAUACAAUAAGUUAUAAUUGCAUAUUUAUUGUGAGAAUCUAUGCAUUCACACAUAUUACAUUAUAGUAUUAUUAUCCGUCGUAGAUAUAUUAUUCGUUUAUAGAUUCUUGUUAGAUAAUAAAAAAUAUCUUAUUCAUUAUAAUACCAUUCUCUUAAUAAACUUAUUAAAAUGGGCUAUCGAAUAUUUUAUCUCUUUCUAUCAAACAUUACUGUUACUUGACAAAAAGGGACAAACAAUUCGAUAUCUUAAAAGAUUUAUCAAACGAAUGGCGUUAUUAGGUAUAAGACGAUAUAUAUUUAAUCAGUUUAAAAAGUAAGGCGAAAAAUGGUUAAUGUUAGAUUUAAAGUAAAUGUAGUAGAAACCGCUUUGCAAAUUAACCAUAUUAAUAUGAUAUACCGCAUUUUGCCAUUCAUCUGGCUGAAUUAAACUGUAAAUAUAGGAGAGUAAGACCAAUAAAUAUCUAUUUUGGUAUUUAUUAAAUUCGCGAGAUAGAUUGAUAAUAAGAAAGAGAGCAACAUUCCCAGGAUAACGACUUAUUGGCGUGUUUUGAAUCGAACUGGUGAAUAGUGGUAGUGGUAGUGCACUGUGUGUUGAUUUUGUUCGGCACAGCGAUCGAUAAUGAUGACGGAUGAUUCGUCGAAUCAAGGGUUCUUACACUUCUAUAUAAUACACAUUCAGCAUUAUUUUUAAGUACUUAUAUGUUAUGUGUCUAUUUUAUCCGUAGUAUAUCAAUAGACAUAAUCAAUUAUUAAUGUUUGUAGACGUUGUCACCAUAUGGGUACUACAUAAUGUAUUUUCAUGAGUACUUUAAGCAAUUGGAACCUCACCAUGGUCUAUUUAAUAUUGUGGUUACUAUACCACUACUGCUAUUCUUCGGCAUUAGUAAAAUAUAAUCAGUAGAAUUAAAAUCAAGUUUAAUCUCAAUAGAAAUGAAUAUUUUAAUAAUACUUUAAAUAUUUAAUCGGUGUAUUGGUAGGUACUAUCUACUCAGGUUUUAAGUGAUCAAACACUUCUCUGCAGUAGAAGUUGUGUUGUAUUCAAAAGCAUAUUGAUAAGAAUGAGAUUUUGUUACUAAUAUUUAAAUUGUCAUACUAUUAUUAGUAACAAAAUCAAAAUACAAAGGAAAGGUGAAUAAGUUUGAGGGCUUCAGUUUCGAUCUAUGUUAACUGAAUUGAAAGGAGUGUGCUGAGGAGGUUUAUGAGAAAGCUGUUUUGAUCACUGAUUAUGAAAUGAGCAAACAUGUAUACGAAAAAUGUUUGCAACAUUUUCAAGUAGUGCGUAGUUUCAAAUAAAUAGUCUGCAUGUGA